ACAGGAAGACACACACAUUCACGCACAAACACUCUGAGACGUACACUCAGCCAGUCUGUAGCAGCCUGAGGGACGGACACAGAAAACACAGCUACACCAGACUUUGCGGCCACAGAAGCUCUGAACAACACCACAGGUUGCUGUCCAGGAUGGCGGGGAUGAAGGAGCAGCAGUUCACGGAGGAGAAGCCCCUGCUGCCGGAGCAGAGAGGAGUGGACUCAGACAUGCAGGAUAAAGGAGAGGAGGCAUCAGGGGGGCUCCAGGGCCCCACCACCCCCGCGCCUCUUAACAACCCCCCUCCCCCCAGUCGCUCCACUCACCGCUGGCAUGUCUUCGCACGGCACUGGCUCCGCCAGACCCGCCGUCGGACCAGCGGGGUCCUCCCGGAUAGCUGUGAACAGCUGAUGCCACCAGGUGACUGGAAGGAACAUGAUGUUGAGACCCCUUAUGGGAUGCUGCAUGUGGUGAUCCGAGGGGCGCCCAAGGGAAACAAGCCCGCUAUCCUCACCUACCACGAUGUGGGACUGAACCACAAGCUGUGCUUCAACACUUUCUUCAGUAAUGAAGACAUGCAGGAGAUCACCAAGCAUUUUGUGGUGUGCCACGUCGAUGCCCCGGGACAGCAGACUGGAGCAUCACAGUUCCCACAAGGGUACCAGUACCCCACCAUGGACCAGCUGGCUGGCAUGCUGCCCACUGUUGUGGAGCACUUUGGAUUCAAGAGCAUCGUUGGAAUCGGUGUUGGAGCUGGAGCUUAUAUUCUGGCCAAAUUUGCUCUGAUCUUCCCUGAGCUGGUAGAGGGUUUGGUUCUGCUCAACAUCGACCCCAAUGGCAAGGGAUGGAUUGACUGGGCUGCUACCAAGCUGUCAGGUCUGACCAGCGCUCUGCCGGAUACGGUGCUGCCACAUCUUUUCAGCCAGGAGGAGCUGGUGAGCAACACAGAGCUGGUGCAGAGCUACAGGCAGCAGAUCAACAACAACAUCAACCACUUCAACCUGCAGCUUUUCUGGAACAUGUACAACAGUCGGAGGGACUUGGAGAUGAACCGCAGUGGGACAGUGCUUAACGCCAAGACCCUGAAGUGUCCUGUGAUGUUGGUUGUUGGAGACAAUGCGCCUGCAGAGGAAGGAGUGGUCGAGUGUAACUCCAAACUGGACCCGACCAACACCACCUUCUUGAAGAUGGCUGACUCUGGUGGAAUGCCCCAGCUCACACAGCCCGGCAAACUGACAGAAGCCUUCAAGUAUUUCCUGCAGGGGAUGGGCUACAUCGCUAAUGUGAAGGAUCGGAGGUUGAGUGGAGGGCCAGUGCCCUCAGCCAGUAUGACCCGCCUAGCUCGCUCCAGGACGGCUUCCCUGACCAGCGGCGGCUCCGUGGAGGGAUCCCGCUCACGAGCCUGCACCCACUCGGACAGCACUGAGGGAGUCGGCGCAGUCACCCAUACCAUGGAGGUGUCCUGCUGAGAAACCACAGGAAGAAAGAGGGAGGGAGGAAGUAGAGGGAUGGAGAGAGAAACAGUGAGGCGGGCUGUGCAAACAAGAGGUGGAAUUGAAGGUGUGAGAGAGGUAGUCAGGCUUGAUGGAGAGGGAUAGUAAUAUUUGAAGACAGCUCUCUUUGUCUUCAUCUACGUCCUCCUUAUCCCUGUGUCUGCCAUUUUCUUCCCUCCUCCACUGUAAAAUUCCAUAUGUAACGCUACUUUAACACCCUAAACACAUUUAAAUAUCCACCUCAAUUUCCUUUCUCCCACCACUCAAUGAUUUAGCAUUUACUCUUGAAGUGUCAUUCUUGUGUUUGCUGAGUGUGGCCUCAUUCUUUGCGUGCACCCUUUCUAACCUCCCACCCCCCAAACACACAAAACAGUAAUUCUGUCAACAGUCCAUACAGAAAUAUGCUGUAAACAGCUAGUGAUGAAAUCUGGUACGAGCUGGUAAAAGUGCAGGACAUAGCAAUGAGAGCCAGACCGUUCUCACUCCCGAGGUGUAAUAUCCCGACGUUUUGUCACGUCCCGUGGCAUUCCUGAGGAACGCGAAAGGUGACCUUCCGCGUUCUUAUGGUACGCGCUGGGUUAUGGCAGAAAUCCAGUGGAAUGACGGUCCCGCGGUAAUAGACGUUCCAGCCCUGUAUUCCAGCCCUAAAUCUAACCUUCUCCCUAACCCUAACCAUAACCUUGUUCCUAAGCUUAACCACCACUUUAAUGACGUUAAAUAGUGUUUUCCCAAGCGAUUUGAAGGAGAAGAGUAAACAUGUGUAGAUUGAGUCCAAACGGUUGUCAUAGGUCCUCAGUUUUCCGAUGUCGUCAUGUAGGAACGUGUUGGGUGCCCGAAAACGUAAUAUGUUGACGAUUUGUCACCUAGCGUAAAAUGUUACGCUUUGGGAUGAGAGCAGUACUUUUAUGGGGUGUUUUCUGUUUUUAUGUGACAGAUUGUGAGCAUCUCUCUCUGUGAAGUUUGAGAAUCAUGCGGGGGGGGUGUCCAGAAUUAGGCAGACGGCAGAACACAGCAUGUCGUAGCCGAGUGCACCUGUAGCGCUAGAGAGGAUUUGUAAGCAUAGUUAGAGCUCACAACGCUGCUUUAAAGCUGCACUUGGUAAGACCUUAUUUCAAAUGGGUGAACUAUAACUAGAUUGAAACAGUGUGAUAUUGUCAGUAUAUGCUUCGACUUAUCUCCAUUGAUGCAUUUACAUUAAAAUAUUAAUAGUCCAGGUUUAUAACAGCUCAAACUUUGAAAUAAUAAGCUAGUUUUCAGGCUGUCUGUGCUUCUGCAUGUGUAGUAUCUGAGACAUAUUCUGAGGCUCAUUACCUCAAAACAGGAAAUUACACACGGGCCGCCAGUCACAAGCGCACCAAAACCAAGCCACUACACCACCAGGGAGCUUUAUCAGUUUAUCUGCUUUACCUUUUUCUUUUUGCCACAAUAAUAUUUACAUUAACGUCUUUGAGUCAUCUUGAUGUUGCGUGAGAAGACAAUCUCGAGCUGUUUGGUAUCAAAUGAGCCAAAAAUUAUUUAAAAACAUCAAAUCCAACGUAGCCAAUGUAGCAGCAAAGUUGUUAUGAAGCACUUGAAAAACACCUUCUGUGAAAUCAAGUGAGCCUGAAACUAUUAAUAUCUUACACUGCAAAACAUGUAAAUGCUUAAUAAAGACGGUGGAAAAUGCACCCAUACGAGCAAAAUACUUAUAUAUAGUUUGCAAAGUGAGGAAUAUUAAUGUAGCUAUAUGAGCUUGAAGUGCAGAUUAACCUGUUUGUGUUAACGAGGAACUUGUCAGAAAGCUAGAAUUUAAAUUUCAAUUGCAUUUAAAAAAUCGUUUAUUCACAGAAAGCCCCUUUACACUCCCAUCAUGAGCAGGGCCGGCACAGGAACGUUACAAUGCAUCAGCUCCAAAAUUUCGCUUGGAGCUAAAUUAGCGUAAUACACCAGAGUGCAGCUUUAAGCCGCGUGUCAUCUCACAUUUCUCAGACAAUCCACUGCAUAAUACUAGAAUAGAAGAAGUAUUUAUUAACAUGUAUAUGCAUGUCAAUGUGAAAGUAAUCUUAGGGCAUUCUAGUAUGUAAUUAGUUUCUAGUAUUAGGGCAUUCUUCAUUAGCACCUUACAUGUGGCUAGUUAAAUAGAGCCAUGGAUGCAAACACCUUCAUUAGCCUGCAGCUGUAGUGCAUGGAUGUGGUUCUCGCCAUAGGCAGCUCUUUGUGGUCUCUUAAGAUGACAAUCACAGCCUGACUCAAACCAAACUUGACCAGGGAGGGGAGCUGAGGCAGGACCAGGCCAGCCCGACAACCUCUCGUUUCUGGGUCGACGUCACAGAAACUUGCCUUCUGUUACAGCAUCCAGCCCCUCUUUGUGGAUAUACCAAAGCUACCCACCCACACAAACACACACACACACACAUUUUUGCACAUCUACUGAAGUGAAAGCUGCGUGGGCUGGAUUUUGUAAUGGAAAAAAAGGAAUACACAAAAUUCACAUGCAAGAUGGAAUCCAUUGCUAUGUGGUUAGUGGGUGUUUUGAUGUGCCGUGAAGCCACGAUCUCACUGGUGUAGUGCAACAUAGUGAGUAUAUAUGUGUAGUUUUAGACUAGUGCAACUGUGUGCUGCAAUCUGCUGUAAUCCUGGACCACCUUAAUAGUGAUCAGGGAUGGGCUCCCUUGGAUUUUAGCUCAUUAAUGUACAGUAUUCAUGUACCAUAGUCACCUUCGUCUGCUUUCAGUUUUACAAGAAAACCCUUUGGUCCCCUGUCAGAAGGGGCGUAGCUACCAAUUGUUGAGGUGUGCACUUCCCUGAGGCAGCCUGUAAGGGGCGGGGCUUUUUUGGCGCCAUUUGGGCUCCAAGCUCGGAAUGUAGGGCAACCCCCAGCCACUUAAAAAAAACAAAAAAGAAAACCCCUCCCUCUAAAAAAAAUAAAUAAAACAAAAAAAAAAAUCACAAGGUGCCCCGGCUCUCACAGGCAAACCCAGCUGCACCCUAAAGGGCUACCAGCUGAAGUCACUUUUUAAGAUGUCGGUAGUGUUUUAGUCAUAGUUGUGAGCACCAGGGGGCCCUAAAUAGCAACAGGCUGGGAAUGAAAAUGAGAAAAUGCUAUAUUUGUGUAAAGAGGAAGGGAAAAGAUCAUUACCAAAACACAGAGAGAGAUUCUGACCUGAAACAUGGCUGAAUGAAUGUUAAAGGAAAAGAAUGUGAAUUCGUUUAAGCUGGAGAGAUUGUUGAAUUGCUUGAAAUAUUCAGUAAUGGUCUCAAAACGCAGAAAACAGGGAUCAGAUCAAAGACGUUCUUAUAGAACCUCAUCGGCCAACUUCACAAAAACUCAAGGUUGCAUGUAGCAGAUUUUGUGAUCAUUUUCACUGUUUCUUCUGUUCACUAAGCUAUUUUCUGCCAUCCUCCUACAUGACUCAAACUGCCUGGGGGGGCUCCUGAAUGUAUCUUGUCCCUUUUUGAAGUGCUGUACAGUAUUGUCAACCCACACCUCAUCCUCACUAUGUUUUCCAUUUCUUUUAUCUUUGACAUUUAACCAUGUACAUGAAAACCCAUCUCCUAUCUGCUCCUUCCUCUUCGAGGUCUUUAAAUAGUGAAGUUGAAUUGUGAAAGUCCACAGGUCCUGUAAGCUAGCGCUGGAUCAGUUUGUAUAGACCUUGGUCCUCCUUGCACUUGUAGAUACUUCUUAUUUAUAGAGCGGGUUACCCCAACCGAGCACUCUAACAUUACCGUAUUGUGAGAAAAUGUAUUUCUUUUCCUCUUCUCUUGGAGAUUUUUUUAAAGACAAUAAUAGGGUGUAACCUCUUCUUGGUAUUUUAUUGGUCCAUGUGCUAACACUAUUUCUCUUCUUACUGCCAUUAUGACCAAUUUGUAUUAAGCAAUAAGUUCUUUUUUCUCAUUUGGAUCGUUUCAUAUUGUGGGAGUCUUCCCUCCGAGCUUGUUUCUAUUCACAACAGUAGGACUCUUACCGACUUCGUUGUCAUCCAGAUGUGUACUGUAAAGUUUAAAUAUAUUAUAUAAAUACAUAUACAAAGUAAACUGUCUCUGUCAAUGUACUGAUCAAGUAACAAGUGAGAAAUAAAGACUUUAUGUCAGAA